GUUGUAAUGGAAAUGGUGCUUCAGUUGGAAGAUUUGCAAGACAAUGGGGUUUAGGAAUUGGUACUCCUAAUUCUCUUGAAAGACAACAAAUUAGUGAUCGAAUAGAACAAUCAUCAGGAUUUAAAGGAUGUAUUGGAUAUUUAGAUGGUACUGAUGUUGUACUUGAAUACAAACCUUCAGAAGAUGGCUCAGUUACUGAUUCAACAGCAUAUAAAUCUACACCAUUAUUUAAUAAAGUUGACAAAUUUUUUAGUCAAAAUGAAUAUUUGCUUGCAGAUUGUGGUUAUCAACUUACUCCAACUACAAUAACUUCUUAUAAACAACCACAAGCAAGUAUUUCUAAAAAUACUUUUUUUAAUGAAAUGCUUGCUAAAGAACGUGUUAAAAUUGAACAUGUAAAUGGAAUUUGGAAAGGAUGA